GGUUGGGCCGUCUCUCUCUCUAAGUGUAUGGACCGGUUAUGGACCGGGCCGGUUAUGGACAUCCAUCAAUUGAUUUAUAACAGUCACAACUCUUUUCAUGUGUGAUUUUUAAAUUUGUCCAUCGUGAAGAAAAUUUAUUAAAUAUAUUUUGUUAUUAUGCUAAUAUUAAACCAACAAUAAAUAUCUUUCCAAACCAAAAGAUAUUAUGUAACAACCUUCCAAAUUUAAUUGAUACAUUUCUAUUUCAUAUAAAUUAUACAUAGAUCAUAACUAUUCUCACGAGCAAUACAAAUAUUACUAUUCUGUUUCUAAUCCCAUGGCAUACAUAUUGACCAAAUACAUGGGUUGAUUAUUAAACAAAGGCUACUAUUUUGUUUUGUCAUCAAUGUAAAAACAGACUCAUACUGACUUUGUGAACCAUAUCGGUAACUCUGUAUCCAUGUGAAUGACGAAAGACGGUUGCGUCCUGACACUUCGUGCUAGACUAUCCGCCUUCAAAAUAUGCGCUCGUGAUACAUGAAUGAUCUCUGAGAUGAGGAUACUUUCUUGCAGGAUCUUGAUUUCUUCCAAAUAACUUGCAAAAUCGGGUCAUUCUUCUGGUUCUGAAACCAUCUUCACCAAUUAAUAACAAUCCGUUGCAAACGUAACCCGAAAUUGACGUAAAUUCCUCAUACACUCCAUUGCCCAAAAUAGCGCUUCCACCUCCGCGUGAAGAGGAGAAAGACUAGCUCUGAUAUUCCUUACCCCCAUCAAACCAUCAAAACCUUCCAAGAUACUAAACCAACCAUGUUCUGAGAACCGAUCAUUAUCUUUCCAAGAACCACAUGUAAAACACCAACGACCUGAAAUCGACGGUAAAUUUGAUACCUCUACAUGUUGUGCUGCUCUCUGUGUGUUUAAUACUUGUGCGUCAGCUCAAAGUAUUGCUUAUGUUUCCGCAUAUUUAGGCGUUUCUCUCGGGUCAACGUCUAUAUUACUGAAAACCUUGUUGUUCCUUCCUUUCCGAAUGUACCAUAGAAUCCAUGCAAACUGAUGAUCGCCAUGUUUGGUCGAACUCUCCAAAAUAGAUGAUCUAUAUUUGUGAAGAGAGCACUGGUGGGGAUAAUAGCUGGAUUUGAAGGUAUUUGUGACAUGGUCCAAACCUGACGAGCUGGAAGACAUUCGAAAAAACAUGGUUUAUCGAUUCCUCUGAAGCUCCACAUCUGGCAAAACAUACAUCCCCUUGUAGUCCUCUCGCUUGCAGAUUCAACUGUUAUGCAUCCCGACACCAAUUACCAUAAGAAAUGCUUAAUCUUUGGAAGGCACCGUACUUUUCAGAAGAACGCUUUCAGUAACAAAGGCUACUAUCUAAUUUAAUAGAUUUUGGUAUAUAUUGUACUGUACAUUAUUCCAGCCUACCAAUAUAGUUUAAAUUUAAAAAUUAAAAUCAAGACAUGUAUAUAAACGAUACACACAAUAUCAUUUGAGUUUAACAAUAAAAUACACCCACCUCAAAUAUCAUUUAACUUUCACUCUACACACAAUAUCAUUUGAGUUGUGAUAUAAAUAUCAAACGAAAUUUACUAAACAUGAUUAAUAUUAUUUUUAAGAACAACAAGUUUAUAUUUCAUAUUAGAAAAACAAUUAUAUAUCUGUUUAAUAUCACCCUGGUUUGAGUUGUACGAACCAGUAAUUUAUAUGUUCAUCCGUAGAAUAAUAUAUUCAAAAAUACAUUCACGAUUUUUAGUUUCAACAAGGAAAAUAUUUAAGCAAUACAUUCGUGAUAUAUAAAUAUGUUCAGUUUGUUGAUACAUAAAUCACUGUUCAGUUGGUUGAAUCCAUAAUUUGUUUAUUUCACUGCAUUACAUUCACCGCAAAUAUUGUAUAGAUUACAUUAAAUACAAAAUAUCAUUCAAUACAAACAAAAUUAAAUCAAGUUAUAUAGAAAUUUUUUUUGUACUAUCUCAAUAUUUUAAUAAAAAAAAAACUACAAAGUUUCCAAUGUCAGUUACAAAAAAAAAGAUUCCAAUGUAUUUAAUUCUUUCAAAUUUGAUCAUGCAUGCUUCUUAAGGCAUGCUUCUUCGUGACCAUUGAACUCCAAGCGGUUCCUAAACGUCAAAAUUUCUCAUAAUAUUCUUCCAUUGGCUUAAUGCCAUGUUUUAAUAUUUUAAUAAUGUGUUUGUCAGCUCUGUGGAAGCUCCAUGUAAACUUUUCUAGUAUAUGGCAAUAGUCCAACAAGUAACGUAACAAACCAAUUAUUUAUCAAUUAACAGAUCUCAUAUCUUUUGCAUUCUUCUUAAUUACGUAUAUUAUUACUAGACAAUCGCGUAUAUUGUACUGGUUUCUGAAUGUGGGUGUACAUUACUAUCCGAUUUCAAAUUUGUAUAUUGUAGUUUGUUACACAAACAAAACUAUAUAUAUAUAUAUAUAUAUAUAUAUAUAAUAAUAAUCGGCCUUGUGUAAAUAAUCUAAAAGAAGAAAUUAUAUCGAGGAUAAGCACUACGACGUCAUGCUGGUUCACGGCAAGCUUGCGAAGACCGGCAGAGACUUUGUGUGACGUCAUGCUGAUAUGGGAAAUCAUACGGAGGCGUAGGAAAGAAGAUAAAAGAGAUGUGGAGGGAAGACUUGAAGAAUAAAUGAGAAACGGAGAUGCUAACACCUGUAUGGUGGCAGAUGCGAGUUUGUUACAACAACUUGUAUAUACUCUGUUUCGAGAUUGUUUUACUUUUUCAUCCAGAAAAUAUUAUAGAAACUUUCCCUCUCUUGAAUUCUGUAAACUCAUUGUCUCAUAUUAGUUUGAAGGUUGAUUCUAUUGCGAUACCUUCGACGGGAUCGUUGUUUUACGAACAUCAAUCUCUAUUUUCUAUAAGAUCUGAAGUUUUACUCUAUCAAAGGUAUCAGAAGCUGAGUCAUCCUCGGAAUCCAUGGCGGAAACACAAGCACAGCAGUUGUUAAAGGAAGCAGUCGUUCGCGAAACUACGGAAGCAAUCAGUUCACAAAUUGGAAGGAUGGAAGAUACGAUUGCUGAACAGAAUAACAAAAUAGAUAAAGCGUCGCCGAUAUGUUCGAAGCGAUCCGGCUUAUCUCAGAGAAAAUAGAGAAGGCGAUCACGACUAUCGAAAGAUCUCAGCGUGAUACCACUCCAGGUGUUUCAGUGACACAGGAAAUUCACAAUACGGUCAUUGAUCAACCUCGACCGUCGAGAUCUGGUAUGACUCCUCACUAUAAUGGAAUGACGAGAUUAGGUCGACUGGAUUUCCCGCGUUUCAAUGGUGAUAAGAUCAGAGAUUGGCUGUUUAAGGUUAAAGAAUUCUUUCUAAUCGACAAUACUCCUGAAGAUCUGAGAGUUAGAAUCUCUUCGAUUCAUUUUGAUGCUCCGGCCUCUACUUGGCAUCAAGCAAUCAUUCAGUCAGAGUUUGGUACGGAACUAUUGACGGACUGGAAAACGUAUCAUAACUUGUUGAUUGAGCGAUUUGAAGAAGUUUUGGAUGAUCCUAUAGCUGAUUUGAAGCAGUUACAUGAAACAGAGGGGAUUGCAGAGUAUAACGAGAAGUUUGAAAUCAUUAGAGCACGAGUUAAACUAUAUGAGCCGUACUUAAUCAGUGCUUAACUUGCAGGAUUGAGAACUGAUACAAAGAUGCAUAUGAGGAUGUUUCAGCCUCAAUCAGUGCGCCAGUGCUUCGUGCUUGGAAGGUUAUAUGAGAUGGCACAUCCUAGGAAGCAAUCUGCUUGGUCCGGAUCUAAGAAUUCAUUCACCAAGAGCGUGGUGAAUUACAAGAAGGAUAACAAAUGGAAGGCAGUGGGUUGUACUAAUAUGGAGCAGACUAAGAACCCCAUAUUACAACCGAGGAAGUUUUUAACCCCAGCUGAGAUGAGUGAUAGAAGGGCUAAGGGACUUUUUUAUUUCUGUGAUGAGAAAUUUUCACCUGCUCAUUACUUAACUCACAAGAAAUCUCAGUUGUACCUGUUAGAUGCCGACAAAGAGGAAGAAGAAGAUGCAGAAGUGAGAGCCAUAUUGGAGCAACAAGAAGAGUGUGAUAUUGCUCACAUAUCCAUCAAUGCGGUAUCUGGCAUUUCAGAUUAUACAACAAUGAAGGUUAAGGGAGUUCAUGCGAAAAAACCAUUGUUUGUGUUGACUGAUUCCGGUUCAACACACAACUUUAUGGACAUUAGAGUUGCUGAGAGGUUAGGUUGCAAUGUGAAACCACCGGGAUUGGCAAGAGUGACGGUAGCUGAUGGAGGACAGUUGAGAGUCACUGGAAGGAUUGAGAAGCUGAAAUGGAAUUUCCAAAGUCAUGUAUUUCAAGCAGACUUCAUGGUCAUUGCAUUGGGAAAUUGUGACAUGGUGUUGGGAGUUCAAUGGUUGAGAACCUUGGGUCCUAUUACGUGGGACUUUGAUAAGCUGAUUAUGCAGUUCAAGUUUGGCCCUAAAAGAGUAACUUUGAACAGCAUUCACCCAGGUUCAGUACGGGAGUCUAAGGCAUCUAAGAUCAUCAAAGUCAAAGAUUCUGAACCACAAUUAUCGAUGAUAUAUGCUUAUGAACCUUGUCACGAGUUGCAAAAUGGAGUUAUGUGUGGUGGAAGUAGGAAACUGUUCGCAGAAAAUGAAUUCUACGCUACAACUACUCUUAACAGAGUUUGGAGACAUUUUUUUGGAACCAACAAAGUUACCACCAAUCAGAGACAAUCACAACCAUAAGAUACCAUUGUUGGAGGGAGCUAACCCAGUCAAUCAAAGACCUUAUAGGUAUGCGUUGUAUCAGAAAAACGAGAUUAACAAAAUGGUUCAAGAUAUGUUGAAGAGUGGAACAAUUCAACCGAGUUGUAGCCCGUAUGCAUCUCCUGUUGUUUUGGUUAAGAAGAGGAUGAUACGUGGAGACUCUGUGUUGAUUACAGAGGGUUGAAAGAGCUGACGAUCAAAGAUAGGUUCCCUAUACCACUUAUUUAGGAUCUCAUGGAUGAGCUUGGAGGGUCGAUGAUCUAUUCCAAGAUAGACUUACGUGCGGGGUAUCACCAGGUGCGAAUGGAUUAUGCUGACAUACAUAAAACAGCUUUCAAAACUCACAGUGGUCACUAUGAGUAUUUGGUCAUGCCUUUUGGCCUCACAAACGCCCCUGCUAUGUUUCAAGGUCUCAUGAAUGCAGUUUUCAGAGAGUUCUUGCGGAAAUUUGUCUUGAUUUUCUUUGAUGAUAUCUUAGUGUAUAGUAACUCUGUGGAUGCGCAUAUGGAUCAUCUAAGGAAGCUUUUUGAAGUGAUAAGGAGAAACAGUUUGUAUGCAAAGGAGAGCAAAUGUGCAUUUGCGACUAAUAAGGUGGAGUACCUGGAUCACUACAUUGAAGAGAAGGGAAUUUCAACUGAUCCUAAUAAGAUCAAAGCGGUAGCAGAGUGGCCUAAACCAGGAAACUUAAAGCAGCUAAGGGGGUUUCUAGGUUUAGCUGGUUAUUACCGGCGAUUCGUCAAAGACUUUGGCACAAUAGCACGUCCUUUGACAAUUUUAAACAAGAAGGAAGCUUUCCUCUGGUUUGAAGAAGCUCAAGCCGCAUUUGGAGAGUUAAAAAGGGUUAUGUGUAACGCUUCGUUUUAGCAUUGCCACAAUUUGAUAAACCAUUUGUUGUAGAAAAAGAUGCAAGUGGUACUGGUAUUGGCGCUGUUCUUAUCAAAGAAGGCCAUCAGAUUGCGUACAUAAGUAGGCAUCUUAAGGGGAAGCAGCUUCAUCUUUCUAUCUAUGAAAAGGAGCUUCCUGUGGUGGUGUUGGCGACAUUAUCUAAUCACUAGACACUUUGUGAUUAAGACUGAUCAAAAGAGUCUUAAGUAUCUUCUGGAGCAGAGGCUAAACACACCUAUACAUCAGCCAUGGCUUCCCAAAUUACUGGAGUUUGAUUACAAAAUACAGUAUCGCCAAGGAAAGGACAAUGUUGCAGUGGAUGCUCUGUCUAGAGUGGAGGGAGCGGAGAUCUUACAUAUGGCGAUGUCUGUCUUAGAAUGUGAUCUUAUGAAGGAGAUUCAGGAAGGAUAUACUACUGACAACGAGUUGAAACAGAUUAUUGAAAAGCUGAAAAUUGAUCCUAAGGCUAAGAGGUUUUACUCGUGGGUUCAGAGUGUGUUGCGAAGGAAGAGUAAGAUUGUGGUUCCGACCAUUGAUGAAUUGCGAGAGAAGAUCUUACAGUGGUUACAUGGAUCAGGUGUUGGAGGUCACUCGAGUAGAGAAGCGACAAUGCAGAGAGUUAAGGGGUUAUUUUACUGGAAGUUGUUGUCAAAACAAGUUCAGGCAUAUAUCAGGAAGUGUGGAGUUUGCCAGAAAUGUAAAUACGAUACCUCUGCAUCACCAGGUCUCUUACAACCAUUACCUAUCCCUGAAAGAAUCUGGACUGAUAUCUCUAUGGAUUUCAUAGAUGGCCUUCCUUUAUCGUUUGGAAAGUCUGUGAUCUUUGUAAUCGUGGAGAGGUUAUCCAAAGCAGCUCACUUCAUGUGUCUAUCACAUCCUUACACGGCGUUGACAGUCGCUCAAGCUUUUUUGGAUAACAUUUUUCGUUUACAUGGGCUCCCAAGAAUCAUUGUUAGCGACAGUGAUGUAGUCUUCUGAUAUGCUCAAAUUAACCUUCAAGCUACUCUCUCAAAUAAGAGGUUCGAUCGUAUCCACAGAGACUCGAUUUCUCACACAAUAGACUUUAGCUUCAGACUAUGCUAGGUCUAACAAUAUAAUAAUCAGUAAAUAAUAAAGCAGUAAAUAUAGCUAAGCAAGGUGAACAAGGCCGUUGUUCAGUAAAUUGAUGAAUUGUUUGAUGGAAGAAAGGUUGAUAGAUCUAGGGUUUAGGCACAUGAAUUAUAAUAGAUAAGAUGCUAGGCGAGCUGAUACGCUAGGACUCAACCGCUCACUUUAUAACACUAUCGAUCGUCAGUCGAGUGUCGAUGUCGAUCGAUGGUUGUGGCGAGUUGAUUACCACUAAGAAUGGUCGAUCAGCUCUCACGUAUUUCUAACAAACCUAACUCAAUCAGAAUAUUAUCAGGUGCUUUCAAUAUACUACACAGUAGGUUAGUCACCAUACCAUACAAUCACACAACACUACUGAUACGCCUGACGUACCCCUCAAAUGACCUCAUUUCUGUAUAAAAAUAGAUGUGUAGGCUACGUCUUGGGAGUAUCGAUCAAGGGACAUGGAAUCUUACACAAGUAAGUUUCUGAACACACAGGUAGUCUUCUCUAAUCCCUUUCCUCCUUCUUUUCUCUCUUCUCUGAAUCUCUAUAGUUUCAAUUUCAAUAAAUGUUGAUGCUGAUACAGUCCAUCUUGUUCAUCUUAUUGACUUGUCUACUUUUGUAACUCUAUUUGACAAAGUGUAGUGAAUACCGAAGUCACAGGAGACACUCCUAUCCCUCAUUUCUACAAUGUGUGAUCAUUCCCUUCAGACUUAGAAUAUUGGGGUUGUUGGACCCAAUAUUGGCCAGUACAUUAAUGGGCCACGAUCAAGGACAUGGGCCGUAAGGAACUGAAGCCCAUAGCGAACAUGCGAACUCAAGAUGAAGCCAUCGAAGUCUCGGAGAUCGCGGAACAAGAGACGGAGAUCGCGGAGCAGUUACAAAAGUCACGAGGUCGACUCACUAUAAAGGAGGAGGAAUGGGAGUGAAGAAGGACAUGUUGAAAACCUAUAUAGAGAGCUACACACUUACAUCGACCUUGUUUUCAUCCCAAUCUUAGAUUCUUUCUUUACGGAUCUCAUUGUACUCGAUCUAGUUCAACUCAUUGUAUUCAAUCUUAUUCAUCAAUAAAGUCCAUUUUUACCUACUGGAAAUUGUUUAACAUCGUUGUGUUCUAAAGAUAUCGUUGCCUACAUCAUUUGUCUUCCCUAUAUCAAACCCUGAUCACUAUCAAAUACUUAGUGUAGAUUUUAGGUUCUACAGGGGUCACAGGAGACACUCCUACCUCUCUGCCUCUUCCAGGAAAUCAUUUUAGUAUUUUAUAUCUUAAGAUGCUGAAGUGAGAGAGAGAGAAGGGAAUCAGAAGCACACAGACUUUUACCUUCCAGACUUGCAGGAGGACUCCUAUCCAAUGUAUACCAAGUCCCAAAACAAGCAAGUAAAGUAGAUUAAGGUUGGAAUUCAGCUUUGGUUUCUCCAGACAUUCUCAGCAGGUGUGGAUGUUAGCAUUACGUGAUAGACUACAAUGUUUCUAUCUACUACAUCCUGCAAUUAGUAAAUCUAGACGGUGCCUAGAGAGUGAUUAGAGUAGUAAUCAAAUUGUAUUUGAUCAUAAUCUCCUUCUUGAUUCGAUAAAAACUUUUUUGAAAACAUUUGAUAAGACUCACAGUAAACUAGAUAUCAGUAAAGCUCCCCCUAGACUUAAAUUACACUGCCCCCAGUGUAUAUCUAGUCAUAGUUAUGGUGAUAUAUAAAUCAUAAGUACUUAAUUUAACAAGUUAGAACAAUAUACCUGACCGGAUUUAGUGUCGAUCGAUGGAAAGGAGUUACCAUCGGUCGCUGCAAGUAAUGUACUGUCGAUCAAUAUCGACAUGCUCUCAUCGGUCGGUAUGCUGGGUUGCCUCCUACUCAGCGCUUUGUUAUAGUCAUUUAGCUUGACUUUUGGAGAUCUGAUUCGGUCCGGAUGAGUAUGAGAACUCACUCCAAAACAAGUCUCAAUGUCUUCUCUCUGAAGCUUUAUCAUUCUUUUGUGAAAGCCUCCUCCAUAGACUCUUCUCCUUUGUCUAUCAUCUCAGCAAUAAGGAGUGCUCGCAAAUGGCUGUGAGAAGCAUCUGCUGUGCACUCUAGUUUUCAUGAUACCAUCUGAGGAGUAAGGAAUCAAUGAUAACUAAGGACUGCCCUUAGUCCUUUUUCUCUUCUUCCAAUUCUUCCUCAUCUUUCCCCCAGACUUGUCUGAUCGCGUGGUGGUGCCUCCAUCAAAAAUAUUUUGAUACACUUUAAUUUCAAUAUGCUCUGAUACGCGAUGGCUGUCGAUCGAUGAUGAAGAAGUAGUGACGAUCAAUGCCGGUUUGUUGAUGUCGUUCGAUACUGCUUCUGUGGGGCCUUUGUCGACUUUGCUUGUAAAUCUCAAUCCUCUCUGAGAAGAUGUUGCGUGUUGAUGAUCAUCAAAUGAUCCACUGUAAAAGCCUAACUGCAUACUUCUAUCGGGUGGAAUAAGCCAUUCAACUUCAGAUACAGCGCAUGGAACCACAGUCUUCACAGGAUCAUGUAUCCUCUUCAGUCAUUUGUGAAACCUAGCAGAUUCUUCUGCGCAGAUAGGUGGUCUCAGAUGUCUGGUGACAAAAAGGUGUGAUGUCUCAGACUUGUACUCUCUUUCCUCAACUUGUUCUAGCUCAACUAUGUAUCCUGGUAGCUCGUCCAAUGAUGGGUGUCGAUCGAUAUCAUUAGGUGAAUGUCGAUCGAUGCAGUCGGGUAGGUGUAGAUCGAUGGUAUAUGUUGCAUGUCGAUCGAUGAUGUAGGGUGGGUGUAGAUUGAUGAUGUAGGGUGGUUGUCGAUCGAUGCCAGCUUUUAAUGAAGUUCCCAGAUCUCUUCCCGAAGUGAGCUGAUCAAGCUUCAUCUCCAAGUCCUAUCCCAAAUUUUCAGGUUGUUCUUCAUCCUUCCACUUCACAAAAUUCUCUAGCUCCAAGAAAUCUUCCAUAGCGAUCUCUUUAUCUACACUGCUUGAUACAUCACUGCUCUUAACUUUCGAGUCUGCAAUGUCCUGAGGACAACUCGAUUUUUCUGGGAUUUCAGGAGGUGUUAAUCGACAACUGGAGUCAGUGUCGAUUGAUCCUAAGAUACUGGUGUCGAUCGAUGGUGAAGUCGUGAUGUCGAUCGAUUGUGAGGCCGGAUCCCUUGUAUCAGCUUCUUCAACUCUGCUCGGCUCUCCGGAUCCAUACUGUUUGUCAAUCUUUGCCAUAAUGUUGUACGACCCGUUUUUAGGUAACCGGUGUGGUAUAAUUUUAAUUAUAUUUUCCUAACCAUUCUCGUUUAUGCGACUAUAUAUAUGGUGUAAAUAUCUCCACUACCUAAAACCUAAUUGUUGAGCCGUCAAAGAGAAGACGUCAAUUGCUCCAACUUAUUAUCACAACCGCCUCUUCUCUUAUCACCACCAGAAGAGCCACCGAUUAAUCACCAUUGGAGGAGAUAAUAUCAUAGUUACGAGAGUUGAUGCGCAUCACCAACACCAUCCCGUUUGCAUCUUCCAUUGGCUCCAAGAAAGGAUAAGGAGGAGCAACCCGAAGCCGUCACGUUUUAUCACCGUGAGUGUCAGCUUGCAUUGUCGGAUCACCGUGUCGGCACCAUCGGGAACGUUGCCGUGUUACCGGAGAUCCCAUUGUAUCUUUAGCCGAGAAGAACCAUGAGAUCUAGGGUGAUGUCUAGCCCUUUCUUGCGCAUGAAGCUGCCGAAUCUCUACUCUUAAUGAUCGCUUCACCAUUGCCGGUCCGUCAUGGGUCAUUACCACCGAUAUGCUCUUUUUGUUGUUGCCGUCAUAUCCAUGCACCACCGGCGCUGCCGGUCCUUCGUUGUUUGCGUUCGUCGAGACGUAUAUGUGACGUGGCGUGGGAUUCAUAAUGUGAUAUUAUUCGUUCAUCUCCAAAUCCGAAAGGUGAUGAUUAAGUGCUUCUUAUAUCUUACUUGUAUGACAAGUUACCUUGAACCCUUGAUGUUUCUUGCAUAGGAAGGAAUCUUUUUCGAAGUCAUAAACCCUAGUUCGUGUCUUGAUGGAUGUGACAUAUCCUUUCCAGAGCUUUUAUCCAUCCAUCUCCGAUAUUAGCUAAGAUCUGAAGUUUAACGUUGCCGGUAGGAGUGUUGAUCAAGCAAGGCUUUACGGAAAAACUAAGAGAUGUUUUGGAAGAUGUAGUUGUGGAGAGGGAGA